CUUCCUCAGUACAGGUGUUACAUAACGACUAUUACCAAAUCUACAAGAAAAGACGUCAACUCCUAGCUGUAUUCUUUUUAACCUUUCUUCAACACAAAAGGAAAAAUGAAGCUACACAUUUUGUUCAUCAGUAUUUUGAAUUAUUUGGUUUCCACCAAUCAAGAAGAAGAGAGACAGCUGCUGGCAACAGAGGGAUUUUCAUUGGAUGAAGAUUACUUGAAGUCCAUCUACAAUUAUACAUUUCAAGCAUAUGAGAAUGAAGCAUUGGCUUGCAGCGUAAAUGUUCCUGGACUUAACAAAUGGGGCAUAAUGAUCACCUUCAUCGUCGUGUUUUUCCUCAGUGUUGUAGGCAACAGUGUGGUUGUCUAUGUGCUCUGUUUCAUGAACAAAGAAAGAGCCAGCACAGAUAUCUACCUGAUGCACCUGGCGCUGGCAGACCUUCUCUUCAGUGUGACCCUACCAUUCUUGGCCGUCAACGCUCAUUCUGGCUGGAUCUUCGGCAACUUCCUUUGCAAACUCCUGUCAGGCUUUCAAGAGGCAUCGGUCUACAGUGGCGUCUUCCUGUUGAUGUGCAUCAGUGUGGACCGUCACUUUGCCAUUGUGAGAGUUAAACGUUUCCCUCAAUCCAAACACAUAUUUGUGAAAGUGGUGUGCGGUUUAGUGUGGCUGGUGGCUGGAAUGCUUUCCUUACCUGUGGCAAUUCAAAAGGAGAGCAUGCAUGUUGAAGAACUGAACCAGAGCAUUUGCUAUGAGAACCUAAUUGGUGAAAGCAAUGACCACUGGCGUGUUAUCAUGCGAGUCAUGCGCCACACACUGGGCUUCUUCCUGCCACUGCUGGUGAUGGCUUUCUGCUAUGGCUGGAUUGUGGUGACACUGUUACACGCGCGUAAUCCGCAAAAGCACAAGGCCAUUCACAUCAUCCUGGCAGUCGUGUUAGCAUUUGUUAUUUGCUGGUUGCCUUAUAACGUCACUGUCCUGAUUGACACACUCAUCCGAGGUGGGACAAUUCCACUAGAGUCAUGUGAAACUCGCUACAAAGUGGAAAUGAUGCUAAAGGUAACCGAAUUGUUGGCCUUUCUGCACUGUGCUGUGAAUCCGGUGCUGUAUGCGUUUGUUGGGGAGAAGUUCCGUAACCAGUUUCUCUCAACUCUUCACAAACACGGCAUUAUUAGCAAGAGGCUCCAGCGGGCUUACAGGAAGGGCACUGGCAGCAGUGUAGGGAGCACCAGAUCUAGAAACACGUCCGUCAUGUAAAUAACAGGCGUAAACAGGUAGCCUAGCUCUGUCUAAAGUUAGGCAAUCCAACGCUUCUCAAUUUACUAAUCAGCAAUCCACUUGCUUUUUUUGUUUAAUCCGUACAAAAGCAAAAGUGCUAUGUUAUAAAUGUUGGCUGUUAUACACUGCCCAGCCAAAAAAAAGAUCACACACUCUAAUAUUCAUUGGACCACCUUUAGCUUUGAUUACGGCACGCAUUCGCUGUGGCAUCGUUUCUACAAGCUUCUGCAAUAUCACAACAUUUAUUUCUCUCCAGAGUUGCAUUCAUUUUUCUCCAAGAUCUUGUAUUGAUGAUGGGAAAUUCGGACCACUGCACAAAGUCACUGCACAUCCCAAAGAUUCUCAAUCGGGUUCAGGUUCUGGACUCUGCGGUGGCCAAUCCAUGUGUGAAAAUCAUGUCUCAAGUUCCCUGAACCACUCUUUCACAAUUUGAGCCCGAUGGAUCCUGGCAUUGUCAUCUUGGAACAUGCCCGUGCCAUCAGGGAAGAAAAAAUCCAUUGAUGGAAUAAGCUGGUCAUUCAGUAUAUUCAGGUAGUCAGCUGACCUUAUUCUUUGGGCACAUAACGUUGCUGAACCUAGACCAGACCAACUGCAGCAACCCCAGAUCAUAGCACUGCCCCCACAGGCUUGUGACCUUUUUUUUGGCCGGGCAGUGUAUGUACAAGGGUAUGUAGCAUCGACUGUAAAAAAAAAAAAAUAAGACAUAGUGAGCCAAUUGUUUCUGGACUACUAUUUCAAACCCUCAAAUGUUUCAUUCCCGCUGUCGGCAUCUUAAUUUUUGGCCAUUGCCAUCUUUGUUCUUGUUUUUAAAUGACACAACAGGGUGGAGCAAAGUACAACCAAACCAUGAUCAAGACAUUUUAAGGUCCCAAUUAACUUUUGCAAACUAUAAACAGAGUGUGAAAAGGGUCAGAAGUUCAAAUAUGAAAACACGGACAUUAUCAAAACCAGAGAUACUGCGUGGCAGCGUACCUGUCAAUCACAAGGUAGCCACGCCUAAACGCAUAUACUGCUUUUUUGAUGAAUUCACUUUUAAACGGGGCAAUAAUUUAUGUUUUAUACGCCAUGCAGUAUUAAGGAUGACUUAAAUAUAAAGAAUUAGGCAGUAAACUUUGAUACAAAAAGGCUUGGUGAGGUAAUAAAUAAGUGAAAUGUAGGGACAUUUUUCUCAUAGACUUAUACACAAUCACACUUGCUUUACAAUUAGACACUGCAGGACUAGCAACCUUUAUCUUAUCUUUAUGCUAAGCUUAGUGGCUUCCGGUUGUAAGCCUAUGUAAGUAGAUCCGCAUUAGAAUAGUAUUUUCUUAAAUAACUCAAAAAUAGGAAACACUGUUAUUCUCCAGAAUUUCUAAAUGCAGUAUGAUUAACUGAGCCAACAAAUGAUACCAUAGAAAAAAUUAAAAUAAAAUAAGGUUCACAGAGCUGUUGUUGUAAAUUGGGAAUUUGCUUCAAAGUUUUCAGCUGGAUGUCUGCUUUAGGAUCCUGCCAUAACCCAGAAGUGUAUCCCAUAGCUUAAGAGGGAAUUAAAAAUAUCUUCUUGCUUUUAAUGUCUUUCGAAGCCUCGUUUGCAGUGAAGUGAUUGAGACCAACAAGCAUCUUUAAAGGAAAAAAAAAAUGUGUUUAACCUUUACAAAAUAAAUCAGUUUUCAAUUGAGGAAAACGGGGUAUGCCAUCAAAAUAGUUAAUGAGAAAGCUGCACAGCCAUUGACCAGUUUGAUAGUGUGCCAUACCUUUUCAAUUUUGAAAACUGAUUAGUUAGAUGUUAUUGUAGCCUACGUUUUAAAAUGCUUGUGUUGUUUUUCAUGAAUAAAAAUACAUUUCAAAGUAUAA